AUGACAUCAAAGACGACGGUUCUCAUUACGGGGUGCUCGCCCGGCGGCAUCGGGCACGCGCUGGCCAUCGAGUUUCACAACAGAGGCUGCCAUGUCAUCGCCACGGCGCGCAGGCCCAGCGUGCUCCAAGACCUGGGCGACAUGGGCAUGAGCACCGUGCAGCUCGACGUGACGGACCAGGCGAGCGUCGACGCCUGCAAGGAGGAGGCGGCCAAGAUUACCGGCGGCAGGCUCGACAUUCUGGUCAACAACGCCGGACGCACGCACAUCAUGCCAGCACUGGACCUGGACCUGGACGAUGUCAAGGCCACCUUUGACGCCAACCUGUUUGGCAUGAUGCGCAUGUGCAAGGCGUUUAGCAGCUUGCUGAUCCCCGCGCGCGGCCUCAUCGUCAACGAGUCGUCCAUGUCUUGCGCCAGCUCCGCUCCCUUCUUCUCCGCCUACAUCUCCUCCAAGAUGGCCGUCGAAGCAUACGCGCGCUGCCUGAGAGUCGAGCUGCGGCCCUUGGACGUGCGCGUCAUGGUCGUCGUCGUCGGCUCCAUCAAGUCGGAAAUCUACAACCGUCCGGGAGCCCGCCGCGACCUGCCGCCAGACUCGCUCUACCGGCCCGCCCUCGACAUCUUUCACAGGACCCAGGACCCCUACUCGCUCGGGAGGUGGACGCAGACCGAUGUCUUCGCCGCCAGGUUCGUGACGGCGGCGCUGAGGGGGCAGGGGUGGCUUGGCGGCUGGGUCGGCGGCUCGCCCGAGUGGCUCCGGGAGGGGGCCUACGCCGGGGCGUCGCGGCUCGCCAUGGGUUUGCCGUGGUGCUUCAGCGAGGCCGCCACGGCUUUCAUUUUCCACACGGGCCGGAUGAGCAGGUUGAUUCGCGAGGCUGCGUUGGCCAAGCAGAAGACGGCUUGA